GCAGCGUCCUGGCCGGGCCGGGCCGACUACAGCAGAGCAGAGCUGGGGAAAAGGACGGCUGAGGGGCGGUCGCGGCGCGGAAGGCAGCGGCGCGGCCGGCCUCGCCCCGGCGGCCGGUGAAGGAGAAGCGCCGCUUGCCCCUCUCGGCGGUGUCUCGGUGCUCGAGGUGUCCGUGAGGCGCGAAGCGUUGCGAGCCGUGGAGGAGCGGCCCGGGGCAGUCUCUGUGCCCUUGAGUUGCCCGAGCAGGCUGGGUACCGUCCCGCCUGCGUCACUCUUAAAAAAAAAUAGUUUGUUCUUGUGUGCAAAGCUGCAGCUGAGUAGGAAGAAGAGUUCUCGUGAAGCGUGCUUUUUAAUAACAGGAGUGUCCGAGUAUGGGCGGAGUUCCUCUCUUGUUCGUAAAUAACGGAGAAUCCUUAAUAAAGGAAUAAUAACCAGCCUUUUCACUCUCCUUGAUUUAUACCAAAAGUUUGCCUGCGUUCACAUAUCCACUUUCCAAAAGAUGAAUAUCCAGCAAUUCUAAGAGAUCCCAUUAGGGGCUGUCUGAGAGAUCUAAAAGCAAGACUGCAGAAAUUAUUCUAAGAUGGAUUAAGAGGAUUUGGGAUGAGAAUUCCUUAAGGAAAAAAUAGAGGGAAUACAAUGGAUGAGUGAAAGAACAAUCAAAACAUUUGGUAAAAGAGUAGAACCAGCUGAAGGACGUUACACCGUACCAUGUUUCGCAAUGUUCUAGGAAAAACCUUUCGAUUUCUUGGGUAUACUGUGCAAUAUGGCUGCAUAGCACAUUGUGCCUUUGAGUACCUUGGAGGAAUUGUUGUGUGUUCUGGACCAUCAAUGGAGCCAACAAUUCAGAAUUCUGAUAUUGUCUUUUCAGAGAAUCUUAGCCGCCACUUUUACUGCAUUCGAAAAGGAGAUAUUGUAAUUGUGAAAAGCCCAAAUGACCCCAAAUCAAAUAUCUGUAAAAGAGUAAUUGGCUUAGAAGGGGAUAAAGUCUGCACAAGCAACCCUUCAGAUUUCCUUAAGAGUCACAGCUAUGUGCCUAAAGGACAUGUUUGGUUAGAAGGUGAUAAUCUCAGGAAUUCUACAGAUUCCAGGUGUUAUGGACCUGUUCCGUAUGGACUGAUAAGAGGACGCAUUUGUUUUAAGCAAGGCAUGAUGUAUGUAAAUUGGUUCUUGCCAGCCAGCAUCAAGAUGAGAAUUCCUUCCAAUAUAAAUUAUAUAUUAUCCUCAGUAAAGAAAAUACACAGAUAUGGCCUCUGAAUGACUUUGGAUUUCUGCGUGCAAGCCCUAAUGGCCAUAGAUUUCUUGACGAUUAAAAUAAUUAGUGACUAGUGCCAACUUUCUUACUGCUUUCUACUAAAUCAAUGGAACUAUUUUUUGCUUAGAAUAAAUACAAGUAUUACCUGA